CUUGGCACACUGACAGGUACUCCACCCUGCACUGGACCAACUGUGGUGGUCACGUGAACCAGAGAGAAAAAGAAAAAGCUGCUGUUUACUGGAACAUCUCAAUGGAUGUGAAACAGGAGAGCUGUGAUGUGGACACAAAUAUCAUGGAGAAAACUGUAAAUAUUAAGGAGGAGGACCGUCAGUGGGAGUCCAUCUGCCUUAAACAGGAAAGUCUGAGCAUCAAGGAGGAGAACAGUGAACUGCAGUCAGUGGGCAUUAAAGAAGAACCUGAAGAGACAUCUGCCAGUAUUGAGACACAUAACCAUACAAAUCUGGACAGUGUAAAAGAAGAAAACCUUCAUGAUGGGUGUCAAGAUGGAGUGGUGACCAGGUUAGACUCUUCUCAAAGCAGACAAUGUUCAUCUCCAGAGCCUUCUAUCAAUGUGAAGACUGAAUCAUUUGACUCUGAACCAAAGAAGGAUGAGGAACCUACAUCUGUUAGGACUCAGAAAAAUAAGCGACCAGCUACAAAGAAUUCUGGAAAAAGUGAGACUCUGGGUGGACUCGUCAAACUUGGCACACUGACAGGUAACCCACCCUGCACUGGACGAACUGCGGUGGUCAGCAGGAAUCUGAGAGAAAAAGAAAAAUCAGCUAUUUACUGGAACACCUCAAUGAAUGUGAAACAGGAGACCUGUGAUGUGGACGCAAAUAUCAUGGAGAAAACUGUAAAUAUUAAGGAGGAGGACCGUCAGUGGGAGUCCAUCUACCUUAAACAGGAAAGUCUGAGCAUCAAGGAGGAGAACAGUGAACUGCAGUCAGUGGGCAGUAAAGAAGAACCUGAAGAGACAUCUGCCAGUAUUGAGUCACAUAACCAUACAAAUCUGGACAGUGUAAAAGAAGAAAACCUUCAUGAUGGGUGUCAAGAUGGAGUGGUGACAGGGUUAGACUCUUCUCAAAGCAGACAAUGUUCAUCUCCAGAGCCUUCUAUCAAUGUGAAGACUGAAUCAUUAGAGUCUGAACCAAAGAGAGAUGAGGAACCUACAUCUGUUAGGACUCAGAAAAAUAAGCGACCAGCUACAAAGAAAUCUAGAAAAAGAAACAAAGAUCACUGCAGUGUGGAAUGUGGCAGAGAAUUCUCUAACAGGAGCGCUCUUCAGAAACACACUAAAGUUCACACUGGAGAGAAGACAUAUUGCUGUAAUGAAUGUGGUAAACAAUUUUCAGAAAUGGGCAACCUUCAGACACACGCUAGAAUUCACACCGGAGAGAAGCCAUAUUGCUGUAAUGAAUGUGGUAAACGGUUUUCACGUUUAAGCAGUCUGAAGAACCACACUAGAGUUCACACUGGAGGGAAGCCAGAUUGCUGUAAUGAAUGUGGUAAAAAGUUUUCAAACAUAUGGAAUCUUCAGAGACACACUAGAAUUCACACUGGAGAAAAGACAUAUUGCUGUAAUGAAUGUGGUAAACAAUUUUCAGAGAUGGGCAGUCUACAGAAACACACAAGAGUUCACACUGGAGAGAAGCCAUAUUGCUGUAAUGAAUGCGAUAAACAGUUUUCACAAAUGUGCAAUCUUCAGAAACACAUGAGAAUUCACAAAGGAGAGAAGCAAUAUUGCUGUAAUGAAUGUGGUAAACAGUUUUCACGAAUGGACCAUCUUCAGAUACACACUAGAGUUCACACCGGAGAGAAGCCAUAUUGCUGUAGUGAAUGUGGUAAACAAUUUUCAGAGAUGGGCAGUCUACAGAAACACAGUAGAGUUCACACUGGAGAGAAGCCAUAUUGCUGUAGUGAAUGUGGUAAACAAUUUUCAGAGAUGGGCAGUCUACAGAAACACAGUAAAGUUCACACUGGAGAGAAGCCGUAUUGCUGUAAUGAAUGUGGUAAACAGUUUUCACGUAUAAGCAGUCUGAAGAUCCACACUAGAGUUCACACCGGAGAGAAGCCAUAUUGCUGUAAUGAAUGUGGCAAACAGUUUUCACAGAUGGACAGUCUUCAGAAACACACUAGAGUUCACACUGGAGAGAAGCCAUAUUGCUGUAAUGACUGUGGUAAACCGUUUUCACAUAUAAGCAGUCUGAAGAACCACACUAGAGUUCACACUGGAGAGAAGCCAUAUUGCUGUAAUCAAUGUGGUAAACAGUUUUCACAAAUGGGCCAUCUUCAGAGACACACUAGAAUUCACAACAGAAUUAAAACAGUAGCAGUUCAAAAAUCAGUCCAUAAAAACUAGAACCCUUCAGGACUCGAGAGAGAGGUUCACUCCUGUCCUGAAAAGUAGGCAAACUAAACUAUU